AUGACGAGAAUCCCGGUACAUGUCGCUGCGCUGGCCCUCCUUUGCGCUCUUCAGGUCCUACUUCAGGUACAGUGUUUCGAGGAUCUGCACCUCCUCCAGCACGCAGCCCACAUUGUGUCGGGAUCCACCGGUGUUCGGCCGUUCGGGCCUUCCAGGCUUUCGGACCUGGCAGGGAAGUCGGUGUACUUGGUCAUGACCGACCGUUUCGCCCUAUCGAAACCCCAAGGACAAGCUGCAUGCAACGGCAGGGGGUGGUGCAACGGCACGUUGCAGGGCAUCACAAGCCAGCUUGAUUACAUCAGCGGUAUGGGUUUCGACUGCAUUUGGGUCACCCCGGUGGUCAAGAAUUUCUAUGGCCCGGCCUCUGAAGAGAGUGGCUACGGCUACCACGGAUACUGGGCGGAGGACUUGUAUCAAAUAGAUGCAAACUUCGGCACGAAGGAAGAUCUGAAGAAACUGAUCCAAGAGACUCACCGGCAUGGUAUGUGCUUCAUUCUUGAUAUUGUUCUGAACCAUAUCCGGCCCAUCCACUCCUUGGAGGACCUCCGACACGUGAAGCCCUUCAAUGAAACUCACCACCUUCACCUUCUGAACAUCAGCAACAUGAGCUUCGACGAAUACACGGGAAAAGCCCAGAGGUGGCCCUACCCAACGCAAGCCCUCGGUCCGGGAGCUGCCUGCUAUCUGCAGUUCUUCAGCAACGGGACUCCCGACGGCACCAACAACGGCACCUUCUGCAAUAACUACCCGGGCAAUGUCUACAACCCUGAGACCUACCAUGGCCCAGUGGCUGCCGGGCCGGCCGCCUUGAAGUACUGUGGCCCCGGCGACUACAUCUGCCCAGGCUACAAUGAGACCGUGAAUCAGGAAGGCUGGUUCUACGACCUCGCGGACUUGAACCAGUCUGUGCCCUUCGUACGGCGAAGCCUGCUACAUUGGGUACAUUACAUGGUGACUGAGUUCCAAGUGGACGGCCUGCGCUUGGACACGGCCGCCUUCAUGGCCCACGACUUCCUACAGGAGGUGCAGGACCAUCUCAGCAUGCUUGAGAAGCCGAUCCAGGUGGUCGGUGAAGUCACGACAGGGAACAUGAGCUUCCACGCAUCCUUCCAGCAGAAUGAUGGCCAACGAAUUCUGAGCGGUCUGCAGAACUUCCCCUUAUCUUAUGCUGCAGCACCUGGCUAUUGCGGCUGGCCGAACCAUGCCCUCUCUCCCACCAGUGGUUUCAAUCUCACGCACCUUGCUGUUGAAAGUGAAAGGCAGUGGAAGUCCCAUGCAUACAGCAACACGGACUUGUUGAUGAACAUGGUGAGCAGCCAGGACGAUGGCCCUAUCUUCGGCAUGUACCGAGAGUCGGCAGGCCCCUUCUCCCCAGGGACUGGAGGUUGUAAAGCUCAUGAAUCCUUGGUCCUGAAUGCAUGGGCAUGGCUCAUGUUCACCAAGGGCAUGCCGGCAGUGACCUGGGGCGACGAGCAAGGAAAUACAGAGUACCGAAAUUCCCUGUGGCAGUUCGGCUGGAAUCGCUCUGCGUGGCAAUAUCAACUGAUCUCCAAGAUGAAUGCCAUCCGUCGACACAAUCGCCUGGAGACGGCGAGUGCAAAAGUUCACUAUGGCGACGAGCACAUCUUUGUCUUUCAGCGUUUAUCUGGGGAAGGGUCACCAGUCUGGGUCUUCACUAACAACUUGCAUAGCGUGGACCGGGACAGGACGGUUGUAUAUCCCGUAGCCCCGCCUCCAGCACCAACAGGCAUGAUUUGGCAAGAUGCCCUCUUUCGGCAGCCUUUUGCAGUUGAAGCUGGCCAACUCAAGGCCUCGAGCUUAAGACCUCUGGUCCUGACGCUGGAGUACGAAGUGAUGGCAAAAGACGGACGGCCGUGGAAGAUACGACAUGCUGUGUUGGGGGAGAGUGACCCGCUAGUAUGCCCGUUAUGCCUCGCCCAGCAGAUCGCUAGAUUGAAGUUUUCUGCCCAUGGAGCGAUGAGUGGAGUUAGCGGCUUCUCGGCAAACCCGGGUCCCCGGGUGCACUACCAGAAGCCAAGGUCUGUGAAUGAGUUCCAGGGCGGCUUCAAGUGGGCACAGGGUCGGCAAGCAGGUGCCGACCAGGAUGAAGACGACAUGCCACCUUUGAAGGCUCCUACGGCGGCUGCGCCAUCGGCUGCGCCAUCCGUGCCAUCACCGGCACGUGCCGAGGGCCGGCCUUUAGUGGAGGGGAGCAAAGUGCGCGUCGACGGCCUCACCGGUGCCAAGAAUGGCAGCACCGGCACGCUUGUCGCCAAGGAGGAUGGGCGGUACCUCGUGGAGCUGAACUCCGGCGCAGAAGCAGGCAGCAUCAAGGCUCUGAAGCCUCAGAACGUCACGCUCGAAGCCGACGGCAGGUCGGCUACUUCGGCUCCGACGCCUGCAAGCUCUUCGAGGCCAACCAGCACAGCCAACCCUCAGCGCACGGACGCGAGGGGCUUCGAAGUGGGAUCUCGGGUGAGGCUCGUGGGCUUGGAAACCCGACCCGAGCUGAAUCACUGCAGCGGUGUGGUGGUGACGGUCCAGGGAAGCAGACCCCUUGCAGAAUGGAGCGCCUGUGAGGCUUCCGCCAUGCUUCGUGUCGCUUGGCCCAGUGGAGAAGUGCUCGCCACCGUCGCCAUCGACCUCGAAGAGCUUUCUGUGAGGGCACUGAAAAGGCAGCUGCGCAAGCUGCGCCGGCGAUCGCAUCCAAGCAAGGAGUUCCUACUCCACGGAAGCCAGAUUCUGCAGGACGAUGAGAAGCUCGAUUCUCCCAUGGACGUGACUCUUGUGCUGAGAAGCUUUAUCGAGGCAUCCAAGGACCAAAAAGAGCAGAUACAAAUGGCCGUUGAACGAGGGCAGUCUCUGGAGGUUGAGCAGAUCUUGCGCCAACUCCCGGACUACGAUUUCGGCUUUAGCCCCUUGUGGACCGCUGCACAGGAGAACCAAAUCGAAAUUCUCCGUCUGCUCCUGGAGGCAGAUGCUGCCCCAGAUCGAACUCGAACGGGUCAUGGUGCCACGGCCCUCUGCGCAGCUGCACAGUACGGCCACCUUACAGUGGCUCGCUUGCUUCUGGAAGCGGAUGCCCAAGUCGAGCCGGCCAAGGAAGGAGAGCCAUCCCCAUUCUUCCUGGCAUGUGCAGGAGGUCACGUGGAUGUCGCACGUUUGCUUUUGGAUGCCGGUGCCGACAAAAACCGUGGAAUCAGGCACAGGCAGCACAAGCCGCUCUUGGUUGCAUCCAAAGGAGGCCAUGUCGGAAUCGUUUCGCUGCUUCUGCAGGCCGCCGUGGACCCCCACCAGGCGAACAACCGCGGCGAAACCGCGCUUCACAUCGCGUGCCGUGGUGGCCACACAGAUGUUGUGGACUUGCUUUUGAGGACUGGAGCUGGGAAGGACCGUCCAGACCAGAGCGGCUGCACGCCUCUCUACAUCGCCGCUUACUUUGGCCACGAGGAUAUCGCAAGCUGCUUGCUGGAAGCUGAUGCAUAUGUCGACCCUGCAUUGCACGUGAGCGGUGACACGCCUGUCUGUGUCGCUUGCCAAAACGGCCAUUUGGGGAUUCUAGCCUUGCUCCUUGACGCUGGGGCGUAUUUGGAGCACACAAAUAGCGCCGGCGACACUCCUCUCUGCAUGGCCGCACGAUGUGGGAACCUUUCCGUCGUGAGAUCACUGCUGGCGGCGAUGGCAGACAGCAACCGGCCCAACGCGAGUGGCGAGACAGCCCUCGCUCUUGCAGCUGAAGGCGGUCAUACAGAGAUCGCACGGCUGCUCCUGACGGCCGGUGCCAAUUAG